ACAACAUACAGGUGAAAACACACUCUAUGGGGUAGCCCAGUUGUGUCCGAUAAUGGACGAACGUGGCUUUAGAGGCACAGCUGUUAUGUUUACAGUGCAUUGGCCCUUUAAGACAGCCCAAUGUUUCCAUUGGCACGGUGACGUCAGAGCACUGUGGGACUCCAGCCUAUCCUGUCCACACAGUCAAAGCAAUGGUCUUGGUUGAGAGUCCUGUUGUAGCGGAGAGACUUAAACACUGCACAAAAGCAAGGGAAACACCCGUCGCUGAAAUGAACCAGAGCCUUCAGGCAUUUACCGUAGAUUAAACAGAAACUUUUACGAUGGCCUUGAAGGUGAAAAAGUAGGACGAGAAGCAGCACCGCCGCCGCUGGACCUUCCACUGCAAAUCAAGUCCUGGUAAAUGCACGGCCACUGCUGAAAAAAUAUGCUCCAGCUGAGCCGCCUCAGCCCCGGCUUCAGUCUCAAAUUCUCAGUGCUUUAACCCGUUUCGUGAGACAUUCGCGCAGCUUCUGUUUGUUUCUUUUCUCCGCUUCUUACCUGUAAACUCCGUUGUCCAAGUCCCCGACCUACCUGCGAGAGAGCGUUAUGGCAGGGAAGCUGACAGCAGCCCAGGGCACAGGAAUACUGCUGGUGACAGCCAACGUUGGAUCCCUGUUCGAGGAUCCUGAAAAUCUACAGAAAACAUGGCUGAAGGAGUUUUGCCAGACAGUACAGUCACAUAAGCCUCACUUCUUGGCAGUGCACUGUCAAGAGGUGGGUGGGAAGAAUUAUGAGGCGUCCAUGACACAUGUGGAUAGUUUUGUCAAAGAGUUGUUGUCCACUGAUGCCAUGAAGGAAUACAGCAGAGCCUGCGUCUACCUUGAUGAGAACUACAAAUCACAGGAGCAAUUCACAGCUCUUGGAAGUUUCUACUUUAUCCACGAGUCUUUGAAAAGCGUUCACCAGUUUGAUUUCAAAGCCAAGAAAUUCAAGAAGGUGGUAGGGAAGGAAACCUUCUCUGAGACACUAGAAUGCACACCCACACUGGAGAAGGAGAAGUUUCCACAGGACUACUUUCCUGAGUCCAAGUGGUCCAGAAAGGGAUUCAUCAGAACUCGAUGGGCCUUGGCUGACUGUGCCUUUGAUUUGGUCAACAUCCACCUAUUCCAUGAUGUUUCCAACCUGGUGGCCUGGGAGAAAAGCCCCUCUGUCUACUCUGGCACCAGGCAGAAGGCCCUGGGCUACGUUUUAGACAGAAUCACGGACCAGCGCUAUGAAAAGGUGCCCUAUUUUGUGUUUGGAGACUUUAACUUUAGGCUGGACUCAAAGCAGGUCAUUGAGCCUCUACUCCUCUCUCACCACCAGAGUCUGUGCUCCACUGCCACCAUGCAUACAGUCAGAGCCACCGACACCAAUGAAGUUGACAAGCUAAUAUUCCAAGAAAGCGAUAAUGACAGAAAGGUUAUUCUCCACCUUGAAAAGAAGCUUUUUAAUUAUGUCAACCAGGAUGUUUUCCAGGAAAACAACGGGACCUCACUUUUAGAGUUUGACAAAGAGCUGUCUGUGUUCAAGGAUCGGCUGCAUGAACUGGAGAUCUCUUUCCCACCCAGACCAGUGUCAUCAACACGUUCCUGAGGAUCCUCUCAGCACUCACCUCUGUGGCAACUACCAGCACUGCAUCUCAGCGUUUCCCUCCUAGGCUAAUACUAGCGCUCAGCACUCAUCUCUGCGGCUACUCAGAGCACUCUCCUGGGAAGGUUCCCAGCGCUCCCCUCUGUGGCUACCUCGCUGCCCGCACCUCCAGCCGCCUCAACUAGGUUACUGCCCCACCUCCUCACAGCCCAGUGCUGCCCAUUCCUGGCCCUGUACAGCUUUGCACAUUCAACUACUCUCAAUGGCCUGACUACCACAGCUCCAGCCUCAUUCGCUAGGGGAUCUCCGGGCAGAGCCUCUUCUCUCUGUGAGUCUCAGUACGCAGUCCACUGUCACCAUUCCAUUUCUCGUCUCUUCUUCCUCUCACCUCAGAACCUGCCAACAUCCCCCUGUCAGCCAGACCACCCGGUCCCCACUCCACUGCUACCUCACUGGGAGAUGAGUCCCAGCCAGCCACGCUGCCACCCUGCCUGGAGAUCCCCUUCAGGUCCCUCCAGUCUCCCUGCUCUACUGAAUAACCUCACUUCAUCUCCACCUCAUCUACUGUUGUGUGUGAAAAUAAACCAAGCACUGUUACCUGCUGCUACUCUGUAUCUGGAUCCACUCCUUUCUCCCUCUCUCUCGCCACCCGGCAAGAGUGAUCAUAACAGAACGAACCGGCUAUACAAUGGAUCCAACAGGUUCCGGUCCAGGUAACCCACCGGUGCACCCCACCCUUGCCCAGUAUGGAGCACAAAUAGACCAUCUGGGGCAGGUACUCCAGCAACAGGUGGAGGUCAUCAAGACUCUCACCCAGCAGGUAACCCAGCUUUCAGUCUCACUCACCCAAGUCAGUGCUCUACAUCCCACUUCCUAUAAUCAGCCUAGCCCAGUUCAGGAGGCCCCCAUACCAGAUCCUGAACCGUUUUUGGGGACAUGGAGAAAUGACGGGGGUUCCUUCUGCAGUGUCGCUGAGUCCAGCAGCCCCGGUCCUUUUGUUCUGACCGCACCAAAAUUAACUUUGUGAUCAACAGGCUCCGGGAUAGGGCUUUGACUUGGGCAGAGUCCAUGGACGCCUAGGGACAUUUCAUUGGAGCAACUAGUGAUGAGUUCUUCCAGGAAUUACAAACUGUUUUUAAUCACCCCGACCACCAGGGCAGUGCGGUCAGACGGCUACUAACCAUUCCCCAAGAGUCCUGUAGUGUCACUGAAUAUACAGUUGAAUUUCGGGUCCUGCCAGCAGAAGCGCGGUGUGGCGACCAGGCUCUCCAAGGCGCCGUUUGGAAUGGUCUGAAGGGUAACGUCAAAGAUGAACUAGCCACCAGAGAUGAGAUGACUAAUUUCAACUCAUUGGCAAAUCUCGCCAUAAGAAUCGAUAAUGAAUGUCAGAGAGAGAGAGCAGGAGACUCCAACUAUGCCAAAACCAUGCUCCCACGUAAAACAACAAGUUUGGAGAUCCCAGUCACACUGGAUACCGUCGGGGGUCCGGUUUCACUAACAGCACUUGUGGACUCAGAAGCAGGGGAGAACCUGAUCGACCCCGACCUUGUCAAGCGGCUAAAGCUAACUCCACAGCCCUUCUAGCUUAUGUUACACACCAGACUCCUCCCAUACCACUGGUCAUCGCUGGCAACCAUCAUGAGAUCACCCAGUUCAAGAUUCUAAAGACUCCCCAGACACCCAUUGUAUUAGGACAUUCCUGGCUAUACUCUCACAACCCACAAAUUGACUGGCAAACAAGCCCUGAGUGUUCAUCAUCCUGCCUCAAAGCUGCACAUCCUCCCAAACUCACAUAAAUGGAAUUAAAUGUAUAAUGCAAUAUUGUUGACAAAGAA